UGCGCCGGCCUGCCGCGAGAUGUCACAAUAGGAGUCGAAAGAAAAGCAAGAAGAAGAAGAAGAUGGUAUCUUUGUAUCGGUAUCGGUAGGGGCGAAAGCGACAGUGCGACAACUGUGGCUGCCGCUGGUUCCGUGUGAGCACGCUGUAAUCCAUCCGUGCGCGUGUGCCCUUUCCGUUCGGUUCUGCGUGUGCUGCCCUGUCAAAGAAUACCAAUUUCAGUCUCCCAUUUUCAAACCCACGGAAACGUAAUUCCUUACCAACGGUGGGGGUAGGGGUGGGGGUGGUGCUGGUGCUGGUGGUAGUAGUAGUAGCAGUAGUGUGUGUAUGUGUGUGUGUGUAAAUGUUUAGUGUGAUAUAGUGCUACAAUAGUUUCCAGUAAAAAGGUUUUUGUGCUGUGCUGUCUCCCGUACACACUCUUCACUCGCUCUAUGUCUCUCCCGUUCUCCUGUGUAAACCCUCCUUCCCUCCUCCCAUGGAUACGCAAAUCUAUUUCUUUAAAUUAUUCUUGUAUGUAGCGGUCGAGCGAAAUACGCACGCCGGGGAGUAGGGAGAGGAUGAACGCAAAGCGCAUCGUGGUGCGACUCGCGACACACACACACACGCACACACGCACACACGCAAGGGUAAAUUUUCUUCGUUUCAAUUAGCACACGCAACCCAGUCCCCGGUUGUCCGCGCCGCUCCAGGCAGCUUGCGAUACGAACGCAUCAGCGCACCAAUACACCCGGGAUCGAGAUCGCGGCUGCUUGUUGGUGGUGUGGCAUAUCUUUUACUUUCGAACAAAGCUGAACCCCAGCACCAUCCAUCGGCUGACCGACCUGCUGGGCAAAUGCUGUGCAGUCGUUGAUUUACCGUCCAGGGUGUGUGUGUGUGUAUCUGUCUAUUGGUUCGUUCACCAAUUUCAAUUGGUGCUGGCCGUGUGUGUACCUCAACUUCAACACCAACCAAAUCCAAUAUCAAUUCAUUCUCGUCGCCUUUGUCACGCUCUCUGUCUCUCUCGCUCUGGCUCAGCUUUACUCGCGCUCUAAUUUAUUUCAACGUUUUCGCUCUCCUUCGCUCCGUCUCCUUGUGCCACCUGUGUUUGAUAAAAAAAAAAAAACACACAUCCAGACAUUUUGCAUUUUGUGCACCACCAUUCGCAAAGAAGGCCGAGCGUGUGUGUGUGUGUGUGUAUAUGUGCGUUUGGAUACGGAUUCCUUCUGCAAGAACCUGGCCGGAUAUCGUACCCCGUUUUAGUAGUGCCGAGCACGCGGCACAGAGUGACAAUUGUGCAACAAAUCCGGUGCGUUAAACCGGCCCUCUACUUGUGUGUGUGUGUAUGUGUGCGUGGCGGUCUGUCUCAGCUUGUUCGUAUUUGUGUACGUGUGUAUAUGUAUGUGUGUACGUGCGUAUGAAGCGUGAUGGGGGUGGAAACUGGAAUUAAAAUUUUGGCCGAAAAAAAAAUAAAUAAAAUAACAAUCAUCCCAUUUUCCCAUUUUCCAAGGGGGAAUACUAUUCUAGUACAGUGGAACCCCAACAUAACGAGUUCAAUCCGUUCCAGUGGCUCAAUCGUUAUGCGGGAGACUCUUGUCGAUAUAAUGUGGUUGAAAAGUAAAAUAAUUGGCUACAGGACCGCAUCUGUGCCGGUACGAAAGCAUAUGUGCGUGUCUGACCAAAAUGGAAAACAUCUUUGAGAUAGCUAAUACAAUUUCGAAGAUAUGAGUGAUUUCACUAUUUCUUUGUCAUUAUUAAUUGGGUUUUGCGUGUAAGAGCGACUCCUUCGCCCGGUUGAUGCUUGCGAACAAAGGAGAAAAACUUUUCAAGCUACGCGCUUGCAAUGCUUCAAAAUAACAAUGAUACACGAUAUUGUCUGGCAAGAGUUAGCUAUCAUAAACUGUUGGAAUUUCAUGCUAGUCUUUUUGUUUUGUUCCUAAAUAAGCUAGUAGCAUCAGAAUUGCAAAUUGGUUUGUGAUUUCCGACAUAAGAUUUCACCAACUGCAUUGGCAUCCAAUCUAGCACCGGAUCAUGCGUUAACCAAAUCUUAGUAUCGAAACGCAAAAAAAAAAAAACACUCGUCUGUGUACUACUGAUGUGCUCUUUGGAUUGCACCCACGACUCCGAUCCGACUCAGGCUAUUGUUAGUUCGAUUCCGACUCCGCUAAAAUCCGAACCUUUAGUUCGGCGCGGUGUCGGAGUCGUUCGGAGUCGUUCAGAGUCGUUCGGAGUCGGAGUCAUUUGGAGUUCGAGUUGCCCGGAGUCGUCCGGAGUCGUUCAGAGUUGUCCGGAGUCGGCCGUAGUCGACCAUAGUCGGAGUCAUUUGGAGUCGUCCAUAGUCGAUCGGAGUCGACCGGCAUUGAAAUCGGUCGGAGCCAACAUGAGCCGUCCGCUUUGAUGUGCUUGUGAUCAGUCAUUUUAUUUCGUUGUCCGACUCCAAUUCCGCGCGAAACUAGUGUUUUGGAUUUUGCUAGAGUCAUAAUCGGAUUAACAAUAGCCGGAGCCGGAUCGGAGUCAUGGGUACGCUCCAAAGAGCGCAUCACCAAUCCAAACGCUAGAAACACUCCUCAAUGUACUACACACUUGUCCACAACUACACGACACUUUUCCUCCUGGCAAUAGUUUUAUAUUAAAUAAAACUUAGUAGCGAAACUCUUGUUUACUUGAGAGAUUAUUAGAACAACAUUAAUGCUCACUGUUAACCGAUCGUGAUCAUGAUUUCACAUCGGCACCGCAAUAUUUGUCAGGAACCCAAAUUAAUGAUGUAUUGCUCGUAAAGCGAGAUUUUACUCGUUAUGAGAGGUAUUGAUGGAGCAUUUGAAUUUGCUCGCUAUGCGAAAAACUCACUAUACGGGGUACUCGUUAUUAGGGGUUUCACUGUAUUUGCAUCUUCAUUCAUCAUUGUUGUCUGGGUAGCAUGUGCUCGAUAUGUUUGUGAUGUUAAGUGAAGCUCCUGACAUCAAUUUUGUUUUUUUCUUCUCUGUAUCUCUUUUUCCUUGUAUCUCUCGGUGUACAACUUCCUUUGCACUUCACUGUCUGCCAUAUAAACCCACAUAUGUAAACACUCACACAUAAUACACCAUGCCACCUCCACCAGAAAACUGAAAAAAAACGCAAUCUUUAAACUUCACAUGUCGCACCCACCCGCCCGCCCCGCCCGUUGUUGUAUUGUGGACUGUUUUUUGUGCUGUAAAAAGAAAACACACGUGUAUUUACAUUCUCUUUUCUCUUUCCUUUAUUUUCCCUAUUUUUUCUUCAACCCCCUUUCCGUCUCCAUCCCCUCUACCCCGUAUUCAUUCCCUUUCCAUUUGCAGGUGUUGAAAGGUGUUAUUGAACACAACAACAAAAAUUAUUCACAGAAGCAGCAGCAUCAAUCCCAAAAAAAUCCAAAUCUAACGGAAGAAAAAAAACGAAAACGUUGCACAAAACGGCACGUGUGAGAGAUUUUUUGUGUUGUAUAGUACUCGUUCUACGUUCGUUUGUUUCCGAUUUGAAUAGUUUUGAGUUUGCUGUUUUGGUUGUCUGUAAAAAAAAACAAAAAAAAAACAAAUAAAACAAUAUCUCCAAUCCGUAUCACGCCCAUGCGCCCGAGUUUUGCCUUUAAAACAGGGUUUAAGGGUACAUAAAACGGGUAGUGGAACAAGUAGAACGAAAAAACAACCCAUCCCGCCUCCCAAUUCUACCACCACCCACUAUCCGGUUUUAUUCCCCGUAAGACAUAUUUUCGGCCACGGCCCGGGGGUAACCUUCCCACAAGGGGGAGAAAAAAACACACACACCCCGUCACAGUCUCUCGGCGUCCAAGCAGUGUUGUCGUAAAACAACAACAUCAACACACCCCUAAAACGCAAAGCAAGUUCUCUAAAGAUGCUUCUCAGCCGAAAUAAACUCGGAAGCAUACGUCCGGCGAAGCACCUGAAGCUCGACAGCAUGGACGCACCGGCAACGUCCGAUAUCGUCAUCAUCAAUGGGAAUUCUCAUCCGGAUCUGGCGAACCUGAUUGCAAAUCGGCUCGGUGUGGCGAACGGUGGAUGCGCGGUUUAUCACAAAACGAAUCGCGAAACGAUGGUCGAGAUAGGCGAUUCCGUGCGCGGUAAAGACAUCUACAUCAUACAGACCGGCACAAAAGAUGUGAACAACAACAUCAUGGAGCUGCUGAUCAUGGCGUACGCGUGCAAAACCUCCUCGGCAAAAUCGAUCGUCGGCGUGAUCCCGUACCUGCCGUACUCGAAGCAGUGUAAGAUGCGCAAACGGGGCUGCAUCGUCUCAAAGCUGCUGGCGAAGAUGAUGUGCACCUCCGGCCUGUCCCACAUCAUCACGAUGGAUCUGCACCAGAAGGAAAUACAGGGCUUCUUCGACUGUCCGGUGGACAAUCUGCGCGCCUCUCCGUUUCUGCUGCAGUACAUCCAGGAAAGCAUCCCCGACUACCGCAACUCGGUGAUCGUGGCCCGCAAUCCGGGCUCGGCAAAGAAGGCCACCUCGUACGCGGAACGGUUGCGCCUCGGCAUCGCCGUGAUACACGGCGAGCAGAAGGAAUCGGAAGCGGACGAAGUCGACGGGCGCAACUCGCCGCCGACGCUGCCGAAAUCGCGCACGAUGGACGUGUCCGGCGGGGUGCCGAUCCACCCGGCGAAGGAGAAGCCGCCGAUCAACGUGGUGGGCGACGUGGGCGGCCGGAUCGCGAUCAUGGUGGACGACCUGAUCGACGACGUGCAGUCGUUCGUGGCGGCGGCCGAGGUGCUGAAGGACCGGGGUGCGUACAAAAUCUACGUGCUCGCGACGCACGGCCUGCUCAGCCAGGAUGCGCCCCGCCUGAUCGAGGAUUCCGCCAUCGACGUGGUGGUGGUGACGAACACGAUACCGCACGAAAUCCAGAAGAUGCAGUGCCACAAGAUUAAAACGAUCGAUAUCAGUAUUCUGCUGGCGGAAGCGAUCAGGCGCAUACACAACAAGGAGUCGAUGUCAUAUCUGUUCAAGAACGUCACACUGGAGGACUAGGGCGUGAGGCGGCGCGUUUGUUUCGUGCUAACGAUUUGGCCUACACCACACAUCAACACAGCAGCACACGCGUGCUUUACUAUUUUUUUCCCUCCUGCAAAUUUACUUGGUGCUUUUGGUAAAAUCGCAUUUUACACACCCACACUUACAUUCAGGCAUGAAAUAAACAACCAAAAACCAAACAAAAAAUAAGUUGUAUCCGGCGGCCCUGCACUGGAACAGUUUUUGGGAAGAAAGGUACGCUAACAAGGCACGAACAGCAGGGACCAAACCACAACCAACCUUUCACGCAACGAAGAUAGGCAUACAUGUUCUCAAAACGACCCUUUCGAUUUUAAUCCAUAAUUUUACUUACUUUGUUUUUAUCGUGAAAUGUUUCAUGUUCUGUAAACGGCUAGUUCCAUUGUUUCUAUUUGUACUAUCGUUUUAUCCUCUCCCCUUACCACUUUGCUUCCUUCACACACAGAGACUAAGAAAAGAAGAAUAAAAAAAAACAUAAAUAUGAUACUUUAGUCAAUAUAUAGUGUAGCGUUAGAGAAAGUAAGGAUGUUGCUCGAUGCAACGAUCUGUGAGCAAACAAACAAACAAACAAAAAUCUGAAACCCUGAAUGCUAAAACGUACUCUACAGGAAACAAAGAUUGUGCAGGCAAAACAAACAUUAAGAAAGCAUGUUCAACAGAGCAAAACAGCUAAAGAAAGAUCGCACAGCCUCGAUGCGAAGCUUUCAGCUAUUUUGUAGUUGUUGUUUCUAAUUGUGGUCUGGUUUAAGGAAAAAAGCGGCAAAAACACGAUGAGUAUGAGGGAGGACUGGAUGAGGAUCUGGAUCAAUAAAGUACACAAUGAUUUUUGGAAUUUUAUUCCUUACACCGUUAGAUAAUAA